AUGGCAAAACCUCGCAAAUCCAAUUCUAACCCCAUUCUCCCAAAACCACAGGCCUCCUCCCCCCUUGCGUCCGGUCCCGAGUCCGGCAAUGAUGCCGCCAAAUCCGGCAACAAUCCCGCUGGCGCUGGCUCCGGCAGCGGUUCUGCCGCCUCUGGUGCCUCUGUGAACCGCCCUUCGUCUCCUACACCUCCCGGCGGCCCUCGCACCGCUAUUCGGCGCCGUGCGGCUGCGGAUCAUAAGGAGUCAGUACGGAAUGCGAGACCUGCCUCAACGAGGGCUGCUGGUGCUGGUGGUUCCUCGGGGACGAUGUUGAAGCUUUAUACAGACGAGAGCCCGGGAUUGAAGGUCGACCCGGUCGUAGUGCUAGUGUUGAGCUUGGGCUUCAUUUUCUCGGUUGUGGGAUUGCACGUCAUUGCCAAAAUCACUCGCAAGUUCUCUUCAUAA